AUGAGCACCCCUUUCAUUAACUUUGGAGGUAUGGGUCCUAGGUUUCUGUGCCGUGCACCCAGGUUACAGGUGACAAAGUACGGAAUAGCGGCGGCCACUCCCUUGCCAGAGCCAGGACUUCAGAUGACCAACGGAGCCCUUUUUUGGGGUGUGGGCCCAGCAGCCCCUCGUCCAGCCAAUGGGCCGCCGUCCCUACCCGUCGGGACGCCAUCUGCCACAUGUCAACUUUGUCUGCCGAGUCACCCCUUCAAUCUCAGCCCUACAUCCCAACGCUGUGGAUAG